AUGAAUUCUGCUGCUGUCAUCGAGAUAUUGGCUCUGAACUCAUGUUUGCCUCUUACAAGCUCAUCUGAACCACCAGCCAGUGUUCUCACCAGGAUUUUGCCUUGGGGAGUCCCAGGGCCCCAUCUUCUGAGAAAUAGGGGCCCUGUAAGAACAUUAGGGGGACAAAGUUACAAAAAACACGUGGUACGAAGAACCUGAGCCCGCACUCCAAAUUGUCUGUUACAUGAAGUACCUACCUCAUCCAAUAUGGCGGAAGAGGUGUUUACGAUUCGGAGGAGGAGUUUACGAUGUAGUGGGACGUGCGUGGGACCAAUGAAAGUAAAGGCAACAAAAUUAAAGACUUUGACUCAUUUGAUAUCAUGUUUUUUAUUUAUUCAAACAAACAGAAUGCUUUAGUGUUAGGUUGACAAAUUAAAACUACUUAAGUCCGCUUGACUCGUAGCUUGCCCCUGCGCCCUAACGGGCGCAUCUUCUUGGUUUUAAUGCGCCAUUUCAGUUUUUCUUGCGGGAAUCCCGCAAGGCCGCAGCCUGGUGAGAACACUGCCACCAGCAACAUCCCAAUCUCUGACUUUGGAUCAGCUUUCUCCUGCCUUUUUGGCCUCCAUUGUAACUGCUGUCAAGCAAGCACUAGCGGCCGAGCAAUUGCAAACUUCAAAUCUGCCUGUGAUGCCUGCAGCUAGUUUCGCCACAAGCUUGCCAAAGGCAGGCGCACUUUGGGGCGUUCCUGGUUUCUCUUUGUCUUCUGGCCAGCUCGAUGCCCAAGCUUCAGUUCUGGCAGCCUUUGGCGUUGGUUUUCGUCUGUCACUUUGCCUGUUACCACUUCCAUGA